GGUCGGUCAGGCUGCACCGGGGUCGGGCGGAGGCCUGACCCUCUUCCUCCUCCGCCGUGGGAGCCUCUCCGCCCCCGCGGCCUUUCUGGGGGCCGGCGGCGGAGCCGCUCGUCUCGCCCGCGGCCGAGGGAGAGCGGGGCCCCUGGCUGCGGCGAGGCUGCUCGGGCCAGGGGCAGGGCUGAGGGCGAGCUCCGCGGGUCCUUUGGUGUUCCCCCAGGAAAGCAGUGGCUGCUGCUUGUUGCUUCUUUGAGAGGGAGAGCACAGGUUAACCGGGUCGCACCGCGCUUGCUGUGGCUGACCGAUACUUGCUUUUCUUUUUCUUCUAAGUAGAGAAAACAUUAUAGAGCUUACUUGCCUGAUACCUCUGCUUAUUAGGGUAAAUGUAUGAAAAGUACAGUUGUAAGUCCUGUUGUUCUUACUAAAGAAAGCCAAAGGAAGCAAUGAAGAACUUUUUUUAGACAGGUUAUUUUAUUAUUAACAGCUUCAUUAUGUUUUGGUGAGUCCCUCUCCAGGUAAAACAAGUAAAAAUUUAAUUUGUGUCUGUUUGUGCACAGUUUGUUUCUAGUUUUUAUUCAUUUAUAGUUAAAUUUCAACUUGGGAGUGUUUAUUUAUGUAAAAAUAGAAAAUAAAGUUGUUUGGGAAGAUGUCCUGAAUGUGUUUUCUAACUCUCGAGUCUUCAGAUGGGAUUGUUUUAACUAGCCAUAAGUUUUGAGGCCUGUGAGACACUGUCAUUCAAGCUUUGGUGCAACUCUUCUCUCAGUUGCUCCUCAGUAGCUGCUUUUUUGUUUGUGAGUAAAAUCUACUGUAAAGAGGACUGAGUGCUGGAGUUGGCACAAGCAUCUCAAGAGGAAAGAUCCAUUUUGUGCAGAAAUAAGUGAUUUCCAGAGGACAGCCCCAAUGACAGAACUGUCUGCACAUUUACCCCAGUUUCAGCAUGGGCAGCUGACAGAAAACUUCCCUGAUAACCACCUCAGCAACACUAAUGACAACAGUGAAAGACGUCGCCAUGAUAAUAGCGAGCGCAGAAGAAAUGACAAUGCCGAGUCUGAGACCAAUGGGCAGCCACAAAACAACAUGCAGCAAGUGGUGGAACAGGAUGAGGAAGAUGAGGAGCUGACACUGAAAUAUGGGGCAAAACAUGUGAUUAUGUUGUUUGUACCUGUCACGCUUUGCAUGGUGGUCGUUGUUGCAACCAUCAAGUCUGUCAGCUUCUAUACACGCAAGGAUGGACAGCUCAUCUACACUCCUUUCACAGAAGAGACAGAGACAGUAGGACAGAGAGCCCUGAAUUCAAUUCUCAACGCGGCCAUCAUGAUCAGUGUUAUCAUUGUCAUGACCAUACUCCUGGUUGUGCUUUACAAAUACAGGUGCUACAAGGUGAUCCAUGGCUGGCUUAUCAUUUCUUCUCUUUUGCUGCUUUUCUUUUUCUCAUUCAUCUACCUGGGUGAGGUUUUUAAGACAUAUAACGUUGCCAUGGACUACAUUACAGUGGCACUCAUGAUCUGGAACUUCGGUGUUGUGGGAAUGAUUUGUAUUCAUUGGAAGGGUCCACUUCGGCUCCAGCAGGCAUAUCUCAUUAUGAUAAGUGCUCUCAUGGCCUUGGUGUUCAUUAAGUACCUUCCUGAAUGGACUGCGUGGCUUAUCCUGGCUGUCAUUUCAGUGUAUGAUUUGGUUGCUGUCCUAUGUCCUAAAGGUCCUCUUCGUAUGCUAGUUGAAACAGCUCAAGAGAGAAAUGAAACUCUCUUCCCAGCACUUAUUUACUCCUCAACAAUGAUAUGGCUAGUGAACAUGGCGGAGGAAGAUCCAGAAGCCCAACGGAAAACUUCAAAAAACUCCACUUAUGAUAAACAAGGUCACCACAGAACUUCCACUCUGUUGUAUCAAAGUACUCCUGAAUAUCAGGACUGGAGUGCAACAUCUCCGGCAAACCAGACUCAGAAUGAAGGUGCUGAAGCAGAUGAUGGUGGCUUUAGUCAGGAAUGGCAGCAACAAAGAGACAAUAGAAUAGGACCUAUUGAAUCAACGCCUGAAUCACGAGCUGCUGUUCAGGCUCUACCCAGUAACUCUCAAACCAGUGAAGACCCUGAAGAACGAGGAGUAAAGCUAGGUUUAGGAGACUUCAUUUUCUACAGUGUCCUUGUUGGCAAAGCCUCUGCAACAGCAAGCGGGGACUGGAAUACAACUUUAGCAUGUUUUGUGGCCAUAUUAAUUGGUCUGUGCCUUACACUUCUGCUUCUUGCCAUCUUUAAGAAGGCCUUACCAGCGCUUCCAAUCUCCAUAACAUUUGGGCUAGUUUUUUACUUUGCUACAGACAACUUGGUGCAACCCUUUAUGGACCAGCUAGCGUUCCAUCAGUUUUAUAUCUAGCACAUUUGAUGCUAGUAUUCUAUGGAUAUUUGUAGCAAAUCUGGGAGGAGGAAAAAUGGUUCUUCCCUCAGUUCUCAAGUGAGACUGAAGUUUAAUACUCAAGAUUCCAAGCCUGAAUCAUUACAACUUCCUCCGAUGGUUUGUUUUGUUUGUUUUUUUUUCUUUCCUGAGACAACUGCUGCACUGGGCACCAUACAAAUUUUCCUGUGUGAAAGUGGCUUCUUCCCGAUGGUCAGUCUAAACCGGGUGCUAUUAUAUCAGAGGUAAUCUGAUAUACAUAUCUCUGGUAAGGACCACCUGUGUGAAAAUUGCUAAUGCUUCCACCAGCAAUGUGAUCUCUUACCACAGGUUGAUUAUUUUCACAGCAUUAAGGGUGCUCAGGACUUCCUUGAUGUCAACAGAGGAAGCUGACAAAUCACAUGGAACUUGUCCCUGUAACCGCUUGAAGAGAGAGAACCCAAUUCAGACUCCUUCAGCAGUGAUUUUUUGACAGCAGAGUCCUGACUCUGCUUUGUGUAGUGAGAAAGGACUUUGUAGCAAUUUGACAAAGGGAGAAAGUACUGUCACUCUAAGAGUGCUCCACCACAUCAUAGCCUCUGUGCCUGAAUGUGCUUGGUUUAGUAAAUUUAAAAGCUUUUUUUUUUUUUCCCUCCACAGUGGAACCAGCGCCUCUUCUCAGUUUUAACACUUCGUAUCCUCAAGCAUGGAGUGCACCUUCUGUACACCUGCUCCAGUUUAUGUAGCUACUUAGACUGGAUUAUUUGGCAUUAGUGGAUCUUAAGGUCCUGAUUUGGAUCUUAGAUUCUAAAAGGUUAAUAAACUACAUUAAAAAGCAAUUUCAGGACUUAGUCUCUGUGCUCUUGCAAAUCAUUUUGCUAGAACAGCAUUUCAAACCCUGUGUUUGAGAAUAGUCACUAGCAGCACAGACUGCAUUGGUAUAUGUUUCUUUUAUUGAAAUUCUUAUGAAAUAAAUAGACAUUUGCAACAAUCCCAGAUGGAGUUUAGCUUGCCAGAUCUAGAGGCCAAAGUGCUAUUAGUGGCACUUCAAUGCAUCACUGAAAUUUUUCUCUUCAAAAAUGUGGUUUACAGUUCUGUUGACCUGAAUUACUGGUCACUCAACCAUCAAGACCUCAGGUUGGGCAGGUGUUUUUGUUUUUCAUGCAGUAUCUUUAUUGGUGAGGAUACUUAAGUUAGGUGAGGCAUUACUUAAUGUUACCAAGGAGCAAAAUUUGUGGCCCUCUUCACUUUAAUUAGCUCUCCCAUGAGGAACAGAAGACUGGAGAAAUGAAAGACAACUCAAAAUCACUGAAAAGAAGAUAGGAGAUUUUUGAACUUCUUGCAAGAAAAAGAAUCUAUUCUAACCUUAAAACUGCUAAACCUUGUUUUCUUCUUCAUUUGAAAGAACUCGUUUAUGAAUAAUUGCUUGGAAAUAAGACUCAUGUGAGAUGAAGUUGUUUUUGUCAUAGGCUCUUACUCUGUACAAGUCUCUCUCUCUCCUCUUCUCUCUCUUCUUUUUUCCCCCUCCCGAGGGAGGCAUAGGGAGUGGAUACUAUUGACGGGCAUUCCAUUUUACUUGCAUCUUCAUACAGGAGUCCUUGCCAGGUAGAACAACUAUCAAAAUCCUGACGCAGACUCCUUCAGCCCUUUUCCUGGGGGUUUGUUUCAGUGCCUAUAGAUUCAAAGGACUGAGGCAUCACAGAUGCUCACCAACCAUUGCCCAAGUAAGGGAAGAAAGGCUGUGAUGUAUAAAUCUGCUUUAAAACCAAGAAAGGCGUACUUUGAUUGUCCUUGGAAAUGUCUCUCUUUUCCAGUAUGACUUGCUAACUGUAGUGUUAGCGUUUACAUUUACAUAAAAUAUAUUGUCUCGUCUCCUCUAAAGUACUUUUAUUCAUCUCAUUUAUGUGUCGAUUCGUCGUGGAUAGCAUUAAUAAAGUAACCGUAUCAAAAUUGCUUACACUGGCUUUUCAAGUCAAACUUGCUUCUGUUUUCUAGCUUAAGUCACUGUUCCAUAUUUUGCUGCAAUGAAGUCUGACUUAAAACAGGUGUUUUGGGAUUUUUUUACAAGACUUUGAGUUGUUUUUAUACUAUGGUAACUUGCCCCUUUCCUGAGCAUUAUAUCUAAGAAAAUUUCCUUCUGUGUUUUAUUGGGCACCCUAACCAUUGUUUCACUGCAUAGAACAGGUUUGCUGAGAGUUGGCAUUGCUAGCAUCUGUUUGCAUAUCUGAGCCAAUUCUCAGUUAAAAGUUGUUACUUAAAGGCAUCAGUCAUCUUUAUUGUUUGUUUUUGGCUUAAAUAUGCAUCAUGGGAGCACUGGCUCCAUUAAGGGUUACUUUAGAAUCUGUAGAAAUACACAAAAGCCUUUCCAGAUACUUGAAUGGGUGUUAAAUGUACAACCCAAGAGCAAGCUCAGAAUCUUCAAACACUACAUUGCCAGUCUUCCACUCUCCAGAGCUGCUUCUGCUAUCCUGAAGUUUUAAUUUAUAAGCUAGUGUGGAGUUACAGUGGUGGAGACUGUAGAAUUUAUAUUCACAGAAACUGUUCAAGUUUAUAUAUUUGAAUCUCAAAAUAAAUUCAAAAGGGAAAUCUGCUUUUCAAGCCCAGGCCAAUAUAUGUUAAAAUACCAAGUCUUAUGUACACGUUCAAAAACCAGGAUGAAAUUCUCUAGAUGUGCCCUCUUGUGCCAAAUCAUGAUAGUUCAUGUUCCAGAUGAGAUCUUGCAACUAAAGAUCAUCUCAAUACUUGGGUCCAUAAGGUUCAGUUGAGGAUAGUUUUGCAUUUGGGUGGUUACUACAUAAGCGUGAAGGUUGUGUCACUUCUCUCCUUUUUCUUAAAACAGCAAUCUAAUUUGAGAUCAUGAACGAUUUCAGCUUGGUUAGCUUGGUAUAAUUGAAAGACUUCUGAUAUGUAGUCUUUGUUUUUGAGAGAGUUUUUGUUAUUAUUUAAUUAGUAUGUUAAUGGCAGCACAUUAGACUGUAGCUGUGAAAGAACUAUUGUGUAACCCUAGUAGCUAGAUUCAUCUCCUUUGUGCCCAAGCAGACUGACUGGUAACCCUUGUGUGACUGUUUCAGUAGUCAUCCUUUGAAACUGGAUAACAUGAUAGCUUUCUCUCCCCUUUCAGCUUACAUCCAUGAUUAGUCUCCCUCUUUGGCUAAGCUUCAAAUAAAUAAAUGAGAAAGCAUAAUACCGAGUUACAGAUUUGCCUAAAAACCAGCCACUUUCAUUUCUCCUUUUUUGUGUUGGGGGAUUUAAUCCAGAGCAAAAAGACUUCUUGUAGCAAAGGUGUAUGAUGCUGUAUGGCUAUUGUGGUGGCACUCAAAUUCAAAUGUCAUCUGGGUGAGGUGAGUCUUGAAGGUACGCACUUGUUAUUGCAACACAUUCAGAAUAAUUUUGACCGGGCAGAUGAUGACUUCUUUGAGCCAAAUAACCAAGGGCUGUCCUCCACUAAAAAUGGCUGUUCUGAAUGUACAAAGCAGACCCCGAUGAUUUCAGGCAUAGGAGACUGGUGCUUCUUGGUUAUGUAGAUAUAUAUCUGUACCUAUAGACAUGUAGAUAUAUAUUAUAUGCACUCUGGGCCUCUGGUUGACAACUGUUCUGCCAUUAGUGCAGUCAAGAAUUAAAUAUGCAGGAGUACAUUUUGGGUGGGUGGUACUGUAUGAAGAAACUUCACAAAAUGCUUUAUUUAAAAAAAAAUAAUUACCUUUGGCAAUGAUGCUGUUGAAACGAGUAGAAUAGACUGUGGAACGUGUCUGCACUGUGAUUGCAUCUCAGUGGUAACUUGGUCAUUGGGAAUGGUGAAACGUGAACUAGAUGGAAUUCUUUUACACUCAAAGCAUUUGCUGUUUUCUUUUUUACAAACACUGGUUUGUACAUAAUCUGAAUUGAAUGUGAAUGUUUUUUAAACACCUUUCCAGUUCUUGAUAAGAUACGUUUUUGAUAGAUUAUUGCAAAUUUUCCUGUAUUUGUCUAAUUAUUAAAAUAAAAACUGCAUGGAUCCUGA